GGACCUCUGUGAGACCACCGUUCCGGACCCAUACAGGCGGGCGGUCGAUGAUCCCACUUGAUGAGCUCCUCACAGACCCCCGUCUUUAAUUAUUAUUCUAAACUGUAGUUUAACUCCUCAGUCCUUGCUCUUCCUCCCAGUAAUGUGCCACUAUUAUGUUUGUCCCUGAGUCGGUCAGAAGCCCCGCCCCAGCUGAUGAUGUGUGUGGAUAUUUGAUUCCUCCUCCAAUCAUGAUGUCCGGUCACAGUGAUGUCACUGUUAUAAAUGAUGUGAGUGACAGAGAGACACACAGAUCAACUCAAACAUGAAGAGCCUGACGCUCCUGAUCCUCUGCUGCAUGAUGACUGCGAGCCUGAGCGCAGGUGUGUUCGUGAAGCGAGAAGAGGCUUCAACACUGGUGAGACAGAAGAGAGCUGGAGCCGCUGACCUGAGUUUGGCUCAGCUGGAGAGUCUCAGGGAAGUGUGUGAAGCAAACCUGGCCUGCGAGCACAUGAUGGACACGUCUGGCAUCAUCGCGGCCUACACUGCGUACUACGGCCCCGUUCCCUUCUAGAGGUCCACAGCAUCAUGAUGA